AUGGACGAUCCGCGGGACGUUCAAACUUUCAAGCGAAACGGAAGCACCGGGUCGUUCUUAUCGGCCGGUUCCGCAGUCGCUAUGGAGAUAAAACAGAAGAAAAUACGACAGAGUACACUAUUCCUGCAAACAGAGAACACGAAUGUACAAGAAAAGCUGGACUUCGAGAUGCGGAUGCGUGAGGGCGCAUACAAGCUGCUGCUGGCCUGCAGUAAGAGAGAGCAGGUUCUCAACGCCUCCAAGAACCUGCUGACCUGCAACGCCAGGAUCAAGGCUUACCUCGCUCUGCUGCGGAAGAAGAAGGAGGAGCAGGAGGUGAUCGGAGCGGCCGCGAGAUUUUCAGAUCCAGGUGACCGUGUGCCCUGUAAUGGGACGAUCGCAAUGUCUGGGCUGCGCAUCCCUCUGAUGUGGAGGGACUCGGCCUACUUUAACAACAGAGGCAGCUCCCGUCGGGUGGCGGUGUUCUGUGUGAUGCAGAUUGGCUCGGAGGUGUUUGACACAGAGAUGGUGGUGGUGGACAGAUCCGUCACUGACAUCUGCUUUGAGGGAGUCACCGUCUUUAAAGAUGUAGUUCCUGAGUUUGAGCUGAAGGUGGAGCUGUGGAGCUGUGCCCUGGACGAAGAGCUCACGAUGGUGAAUACGCCAAAGAAACUGGCCAAGAAGCUGCGCAGCUCCUUUGGAAAGACGGCUGGGAAGAAGCUGUGCCCUCUGCUGGACAAUCCAGACCCUGACACCUUCCUGCAGUCCAACCCUAUACCCGUUGGAGCCAAGUACAGCCUACUGGCCUACACGUCGCUGUGUCUGCCUGAGGAUGAAGGCAGCUUUCAGUCUCACUCCCUCAUUGUCCUCCAAGACGCUGAGUGGUCCUCCUGGCUCCCACUUUAUGGCAACCUGUGCUGCCGGUUGGUGGCCCAGCCGACCUGCAUGACGCAGAGCAUGACGAGCGGCUACCUGAGCCAGAAACUGAACGUGGAGGGGAUGAACCGCUGCUGCAGUCUUUACUGUGUGCUGAGUUCUGGCAUGUUGUCCUGUUACUUCACCCCGGAAGAAAUUGAUGCUAAAGUGCAGCCCACUCUCAAUGUACCCGUCAACAAGCACCGUCACCUCAUGCGAAGUGGAUGUGCUGUGUUGUGUCUGCAGGACACCCGGAUCCGUGUGAUGGAGAAAGAGUCCGCAAGGCAGAAAUCCAGGAGUCUGUCCAUCAUCAACCCUUCACCACAGGGGUCCGAGACCAUCGUCUUCACCACGGAAACCAGCCAGGAGCUGGAGGAGUGGAUGGACGCCCUCCACCAGCACCUCUAUGAUCAGAGCCAGUGGCUACAAUGCUGCAACAAGCUAAUGAAGAUUGAGGUCGCGUCACCACGGAAACCAUCACUCUUCCUCACCAAGCAGGCGGACUCUGUUUACAAUGACCUCAGUAUAAAUUCACCUGGCAAGUUUGAGGGCAUCACAGACAUCAUCCACAACAAGAUCGAGGAAACGGAUGGCCGCUAUCUGAUUGGCCCCGAAGAGGAGAAGGAGGCUCCUAAUUGGUCCUCGCUGUUUGAAGGGUCCCAUUCGGUGGUCGUGCAGAGGGCUAUUCUGUCCCAGAGCAAAACCUCCACCCCUUGUUCAAGCCCCAACACCAACACCAGCUCUACAUCCAUCAGCAACAAGAAGCGCCGUGCUCCACCCCCGCCCGCUCACAAGGAGCCUCAUGCUCCUCCCAGCCGCCCUACCAGACCUCCCCUUCCCACCUCUCUUCCUCACCCUCAUCCUCCCCCUCCCUCAUACCAGGAGAAGGAGAACUCCGGCACUUGCGCUCCACGCCCGGCCACCAGGUCCAAAACUGGCAGACCAUCCCUGGAUGCCAAAUUCUCUGCCAUCAUUCAGCAGCUCCAGCGAAGCAACGCUGGAGGAGCUGGAGCCCUCAGCCGGAAACACGCCCCACUGGGCGUCCUGGAUGUACAACCACAAAGUCAGCCUCAGCCGGAGCACCAGAACCACAGCACUGAUGCCACAGGUGAACAUGCCUUCCUCAGACCGAGUCACGGUCCUGGUCCUGUUCCUGCAGCGAAGAGCAAACUGAGGAAGUCUAUCCGGGAGAGGAUGAACCGUAAAGCCUUGUGAUCUUUGACCUUAAACAACAACUAACCUUCCCACUAAUAUGAAUACCUACAACACAGUUAGAACUUUUUUAAUGAGCUCAGUGGUGAUGAUAAAAUCAGUUUCCAAAGUAUAUUUUACUGCUCCUAAAUAGCAAUACUUUUAUAGUUUGGACAUGACGAUUACGUCAUGCUCAAUUUUGGGAAAUAUGUUUCAUGACGCAAGUUGAAUGACAAGUAACUCAUCUGUACACUAAAUAUGAAGCUGGAGGCGCUUAGCUUAGCAUAAAGACCGGAAUCGUCAAGCCUUGCUCGGUCCAGAAGGAGACAAAAUCAGCCUCCCAGCAUCUCUAAAAAUCACUAAUUGAGAAUUAUUUCGGAAUCCAAAAACUGAAGCGUAAAAUGCCACAUUUUAAAGGAGGGCUCUGCAACACUUUCAUGGUUGGGAGCCGUGACUUACUGGAGUGGAUCUGAGAGGCUUCAGACUACUUAUCUGCCACAUAACUGUAAACCCACAACAAGUUAUUUUAAUUAUUAGUUUUUUGUAAAGAUGAAAUAAACAAUACACAUUUAGUGAGCUUUAAAGGGCUUGGUUGGUAGAUUAAUUUAACCUUUAGACAGUCAGGCUAGCCGUUUCCCCCUGCUUUCAGUCUUUAAGCUAAGAUAACCAUCUACGGGCUCCCAUUUCAUAUCGCACUGAUGGAUAAAAGAGUGGUAUCGACUUUCUCAUCGUAUUUCCCAAAAUGUCGACCUAUUACUGUAACCUUAAGGAUGGGUGCGUGUCGUGGUCUCUUCAAAACAAAGGGUCCUCCCAAUGUCCAUCACGGCGACCCUAAUCCCAGUCGACACCUCAUCUCACAAUAUCAAUACUGUACUCUCCAUUUAAGAACUCUUUCACAUGCAGCGAACCAACAGAUGCAAUUGAAGGCUGUACGUUGGCCCGAGCGACGACAUCAUCAAUCCCACUAAAGUAGAAAGGCUUAUUUCUCAGCUCUGGAACAUGGGCCGAAGAAAGAGCUUUAGCAAAAGCACUCAAAUUGGAAUUGAUCCAUUGGCCGACUGAACGAGUCAUUCCUUUUGGAACUAUUGACUUCUUCCACUCACUGUGACAACUUUAUGACCACUAUAGCUGAUUUUAAGGGAACGGGAUUUUAGGAGCAAUUGCAAGCCCUAAUGUGACUUCUCCAUUUCUCAGAGGUCUUAAUAAUGGAGUGACCUUGGUUUUCAGUGACUACACAGUAUGUCCAACAUAAUCUUAACGCGGCAGCCUGUAAAUGCCAUGAACCUAAUCGAAUGAAUCACUCUUAGGAGUGACUACAAUAAUGAAUGCCCUUGUGUUUUGAACAUAUCCAAUACUGACAGACAAAAGGGCAUUUCAACCACUUAACAGUCACAUGUUGAAGAAAGUUCUUCAGAAUUACACACAGUGUGCGAAACAUUAGGUUUCGCCUUUUCUGAAAUUGGCUGGGCAGAUGAAGAAGCAAUGUGGCGAAAGCUGCAAUCCCAUAUAUUUUUUAUCUCACCCCCUAAAAUUCUGUUUAAUGGAGGAGGGGGGGGGGGGUCGUUUUUGGGGGGUGGAUUACAGGAGGAUUUAGUUUAAGGUUUCAAAGAACCCCAGAACGGAUGGCACAAAAGAGGAUGCUGCUCAAUAUCAGCAAGGUUUUCUAGACUCGGCAUGUUCUACCGACACAUUAGUCACUUUGAUUUAGUAUUUUAUGUACCUGGAAAAACAAGUUAUGGUUCCUGGGUCAAACCUCAAAGCAUUAGGUUCAACUGAGGCUGAUGUAGUUGUACCUCAGUCUGUUAUAUUGCACUUCCUGUGUUGUCCAUCAUAAUCUCUGCAAUUUUCAGUUCCAGUGAGCAUGCGAGAGACGAAGGAACAUCGAAUUACAUGGCAGUGUUGCUGACAAUUACUAUGAAGGCUAAUGUUUCUGUAGUAUUUCAUCUUAACUCUGUAAUGCGAGUGAAAGGAGGAAAUGUUGCCCCUGUGGCUAUUAAGCAUGAGGGAAAGCAUCUAAAUGUACUAACUGCUUCAUGACUAAACAAGGACUAAAUGUGUUUCAUCAAACUAAUGAGCCAGAUUGACAAUGUUUUUUAUAAUAUUUGUAUUUUAUACGACCGCAAUAAUUCUUUGUCUUGUUAUUGAUUUUAAAUGUUCUGUAAUUCCUUUUCAUAGUAUACUACUGCCAUGUCAUCUCAAAUUUACUUUAACAUAUUAAUUAUUUAGACUUUAAGUGGCACUUUGGUUAUGUACAAGUAAGUAGGGAACGGAAUGCAUUAAUAUUGCCGUAGUGCAGAAUAAUCUGUGUAUAGUGCAAUGUUAGAAAAUUAAUCUGCUAUUUAUGUUUCUCAAAAAGUGCAAUUUUCUCCUCGAUCUGUUCAUCGUUGUCUUGACAUCUUAACUGUAUAUUUUAUUUUUUUGUGCUUAUCUGCAAUAAAACGGCCUACAUAUCUA